AUGGAUAAUUUUGCACGAGCAGAGGAUUGUAAAAAUUUUUCUUUUGAAGAAGCAAAAGCAUCAGUAUGUUCUGAAAUAGAGUCUUCAUUCAAUAUUAAUGUAAACACAACUGUUCCUGGGUCUGGGUCAUCUGAAAAGGAGCAGGUAGGCACACUGACAAAAAGAAAAAUGGAGUUUGAAGAUGAUCUUACAAAGGAAGAUUCUAACUAUGGGGAAGACACUUCAUUCAAAAAAAGAACACUUGAUGUAAAAAUUGUCCCAGAGGAAAAAGAUUUUGGAAAUGAUAAUGCUGUUUCAAAAAGGGAAAUAGAAGAUGAUGAUACCUCAACAGGUGCUUGUUCCACUGGAGAUGUUGCUCAUAAAAAGAGAAAAAGAGAACUUGAGGAUAUUCCUGAACAACAAAAAAGCUUAGAAGAGGGGCACGGCUCAACAGUGGCUGCCCACUACAAUGAACUUCAGGAAGUUGGUUUGGAGAAGCGUAGCCAAAGUCGUAUUUUUUACUUAAGAAACUUUAAUAAUUGGAUGAAAAGUGUCCUUAUUGGAGAAUUUUUAGAAAAGGUGCGACAGAAAAAAAACCGUGAUAUCAUUGUUUUGGACCUGGGAUGUGGUAAAGGUGGAGAUCUGCUCAAGUGGAGAAAAGGAAGAAUUAAAAAGCUAGUUUGUACAGAUAUCGCUGAUAUUUCUGUCAAACAGUGCCAGCAGCGCUACGAGGACAUGAAACAUCGUUGUCGGCAUAAUGAAGAUAUUUUCAGUGCAGAAUUUAUAACUGCUGAUUGUACGAAGGAACUUUUGGUUGACAAAUUCCAGGAUCCAGAAAUGUUCUUUGAUAUCUGCAGUUGUCAGUUUGUUUGUCAUUACUCAUUUGAGUCCUGUGAGCAAGCUGACAUAAUGCUCAGAAAUGCUUGUGAAAGACUUAAUCCUGGAGGCUAUUUUAUUGGCACUACUCCGAAUAGUUUUGAGCUGAUAAAACGUCUUGAAGCUUCAGAAACAGAAUCAUUUGGAAAUGAAAUAUAUACUGUGAAAUUUCAGAAGAAAGGAGAUUAUCCUUUAUUUGGCUGCAAAUACGAUUUCAAAUUGGAAGGCGUUGUGGAUGUCCCUGAAUUCUUGGUCUAUUUUCCACUGCUAAAUGAAAUGGCAAAGAAGUACCAUAUGAAACUAGUCUACAAAAAGACAUUUCUGGAGUUUUAUGAAGAAAAGAUUAAAAACAAUGAAAAUAAAAUACUGUUAAAACGAAUGCAAGCACUGGAGCCAUAUCCUGCAAAUGAGAAUUCCAAACUUGCCUCUGGGAAGGUGAAUGACUAUGACCAUGCAGCAAAAUAUAUGAAAAAUAGUCACAUAAGAUUACCUUUGGGAACAUUAAGUAAAUCAGAAUGGGAAGCUACAAAUACGCAGAAAGAGAAUCAGUACAUCCCAGCCAUUUUCGACUUAGAUAAAUACUGUCUCUAA